AUGGACGAAAUCAUUCACAGUCCCACGAGAGCCAAUCACUCUCACCAGAAAAGUCCGGGUGGAUUGGAGCAGCAGUCGGCCCCAAGCAGCAGACGGAAUUCAAUCCCAUCUGAAGAGGCGGCACGAUACGGGGAAUCUGUAGAACAGACUGCAGAGGUCACAUUUGUGACCUAUCAUCAAACUCCGACACACUCUUCUCCACUCCUUCGUCAGGACUCCGGGUCCGCUAGUAUAAACGGCUUUCAAAGUCUGGAUACUCAAGACGAUGCCAGAAAUGACGGCUCGGUCAAAACGGAUCAGGAAACGCGACCAAAGUCUCCUCAUACGUGGAAGCUCGAGAUGAGUGCUGUAGCCCUAAGCUUGACUGCAAUGACGACGCUUCUGGUGCUCCUGGUCCUUGCGAAUAAUCGACCUUUGGAUAAAUGGCGUUUCUUGAUCUCCUUUAACGCACUCAUCUCCAUUCUGGGUGCCGUCGCUCGUGCACCACUGGGAUUCGUAAUGGGAUCUUGUCUUGGUCAAGCCAAGUGGAAUUGGUUCAAAAGGCAACCCGGCCGUCUAGAAGGUUUUGAAAAAUUUGAAGACGCAAGUAGAGGGCCCCUGGGAAGUUUUGUGUUUUUGUUUUGGCUUCCUGCUCGCCACUGGUCAGUACUAGGUGCUCUCAUGACAGUUGUUCUUCUAGGCUUUGAUCCAUUUCUUCAAGCAAUAGUCGAUUACGAUGGGCAGCUAGACGAUUCAAACAGUCUCAAGCCUCCAACCAUCGGAGUAUGCGAACGUCUCGAUGUCGGAUCAUACUCUUACCUCACUACAAGAGGAGAAGCUGGAUCGUUCCAACUGCCAUCAGGAAACGCUAUUGAUAGAUUUAUUUGGUCCAAAAUACCUGAUGUGGGCAUGACGGCUGCUCUCAUAGAUGGUUUGGGGAACGACACAAAGCGAACCGAGCCAAUGGCUUCAUUCGUUUGUCCUAGUGGCAAUUGUACGUGGGCACCUUACUCGACCCUGGCAAUCUGCAGCACCUGCAACGACGUGACAGCAUCCUUGGAACAGAACGAGAUACUUGGCGGGAAGACAUUGUACUCAUUACCAUACGUCGAAUCAAUUGAUGAAAAAAAGGGAAUCUUUGCUGAAACUGCAGAUAUGGCUGCAGCAGCCGUCUCCAAUCCCGGGCUAACGGUUUCAUUCCAAAAGAGCAACACACUCAUCGCAGCUGUCGGCAUAAUUCGGUUUCCAGAUAAAUAUCAUCUAAACCCCUUGGCCAAGGAAUGUGCUUUGUAUUUUUGCAUCAAAGCUUUUGCAACGCGAGUCGACAAUGGUGUGUUUAAGGAGUCUGUAAUCGACACAUGGUCGGACAGAAACUUGGCAUCAUACCAACCAGGCAUGCCAGAGUGGGAAGUGGGUAUGGAGGCGAGCACUUUCGCAGAGUAUGAAUCUUGGAACAAUAACUCCUUGGUAAACUCCGAGGUGAAUUUUCACCGAUUCGAUCUCCAGCUCCGCUGGUCUGAUGAACGAGCACGUCAAGUCGGGCUUCCCAAGGACGCUAUCAUGGCCUUCAAUAUAAGUCAGUCCUCGGCAGAGACAACCUCGUAUGCCGUCACUGAUCAGCUAUUCUCCAGUGGCCAGCUGGUAUCAUGGCCUAUUCCAAGGACCGGCUUCAAUGGAACUUUAUAUCCUUUUGUUGCACAGGUCCUUGGUACGAAGCAGACCCAAGAUUACGACGCGGUAUUUGAAAAUAUGGCGCAAAGAAUGACGACUUUCAUGCGUGAUCAGUCGGACUCGACGCAGACUGGCCAACAGAAAGAAUGGGCCCUCCAUAUACGGGUACGAUGGGCGUAUUUGAUACUUCCCCUGCUCGUUGUCGUGGGAGCUUGUCUUGUUCUUCUGUUUGCAAUCCUUGAGACGAACCAUAGGAGACUAGAGCCCUGGAAGAGCGACGUCUUGGCUACUUUUACACACUCUGUAGAUGCGGAAACUCAGAAGCAGUUAAGACUUGCUGAGUUGACGGGCCAAGCAAGGGAAACGGCAAAGAAUACAUUUGUUAGUUUGGUGGACACGGGGGAAUUCGUCGAGUUAAAGGUUAAAAAAGACUAG